CGGAUCACUGGUAUUAAAAUAAAUGGGAGACAUUGGAACGCCCACCAUUGCAACGGAUGUAGCAAUGAAGUCCCGCCUUACAGGUCAAAGAGCCAAUCGCAUUUUAGAUACAGACAUCGCCUGUCAAUCAACUCGAGACCGCGCAUGCGCAUUACCUGAACCAGCCUGAAAAAUUGCGGGUUUUUUGUUUUUGUUUUGUGUUUGUGUGUGUGUGUGUGUGAUCUCAGCUAAAGAAGCAGAAAUUAUUAUACAAUUGUUGUCGGAUUUACUGCUGAUUUUAAAUAUUUUCUUUGAUUGUAAUCUUGACCAACCGGAGAUUUCGGUCUUUAUCCAUUCAUGUAUAUAGGAGCCGUACUUUUAUGCCGCUUGUUUACAUGAAGACAUUGAAAAUAGCUGCCCGGGACCGUUCCAAACACUCAUUGGUUCCAAAGAUGGCUGAUGAGUGGACUGACUUGCUUUGAAAAUACUUUGGUGUUACUGAAAUCGCUGAUAAAACUUUCAUGAUAAAGUUGCAUUUGUAUUACUACAUGAAGCCAAACAGGAUUAUAUAACUCGUUCUUGCUCUAAUUUUGUAAAUAAUAAAAUAUACUUUUGUUAAAAAAAUACAUAUUUGAAGUACUUUCAUAAUUUCAUAUCUUUAUAGGCCCUAUGCAUAGUAUUUAUUUAUUUACUUUAUUUUAUUUGUAAAAUUGUGAAUGUGUGACCAUAAUAAAAUAUUGUCUAGUCUUCAUCAGCACACAAAAGCUUGUUUAUAGUUAACGGGGCGGAGCUCGUGAUAAUUAGGCUCGUUAUGAACUCUUUAAAUGAGACACACAGGAAAAAGUGUUUACUUCGCGAAAGAAAUCCGCAAAAAAAAUGUUGAUAAUCGUAACAUUAAUUGCGGUUACGCUUAAUGUAUAUUUGAGCAACGCCCAGGACCCUCAGUUUCCCUGGCACAUGCCGAAAUAUCAAGCCGGUGGUUUAUCAUUUUCACCCGUUUUGCCUCCAUUGAAAGAAUCCCCCCAGCAAGAGUUGUAUGACGCCCAGCAGGUGCUUCCUCUCGACACGAGUGACCCUCAGGGCCAGUUGCCCUCCUCUGGAUCUCAGCGCUGUGUGGUGGAGCAGUAUGAGCGCAUUGAGUGUGGAGAGCCCGACAUCACCCCUGCUGAAUGCGAGACCAUCAGCUGCUGUCACGAUGGACAGGGGUGCUACUAUGGCAAGGAAGUUACCCUGCAGUGCACAAGGGAUGGGCAGUUUGUAUUGGCGGUUGCUCAAGAUGCCACCCUGCCACGCAUAAGUCUAGACUCCAUCCAGAUGCUGGAGGAUGACCCCAGUGGACAAUGCGCUUCUGUUGACCGUACUGCCAGCUUUGCCAUCUAUCAGUUUCCCGUCAGCUCCUGUGGCACCAGAAUGAAUGAAGAAAGCGGAUCUGUUAUUUAUGAGAACAUGAUGUCUUCGGUGUACGAAGUGGGCAUUGGACCCCACGGAUCCAUCACAAGAGAUGGUGCUUAUGAUCUUCAUUUUGCUGAAAUCCAGUGUAGGUAUUCGGGAACCGCAGUUGAGGCUCUUGUGAUUGAGGUAAAUACGGUUCCCCCUCCACCCCCUGUCUUGCAGCAAGGCCCUCUGAGAGUGGAGCUCAGACUCGCCAAUGGACAGUGCACCACUAAAAGAUGCACUGAUGAGGAUAUGUAUACCUCGUACUACUCCGAGUUUGACUAUCCUGUUACUAAAAUACUGAAAGAACCUGUAUACGUGGAGCUGCGGCUUCUGGAGCAGACGGACCCAAAUAUUAUCCUUGUCCUGGACCACUGCUGGGCCACAUUCUCCAAGGAACCCCUGAGCCUGCCCCAAUGGGACCUGGUAGUUGAUGGCUGCACUUAUAAGGAUGACCAUUACCUUACCACGAUCAUUCCUCUUGGAGAGUCAGGACUGCAGCACCCAUCUCACUUCAGACGCUUCGUCCUGAAGAUGUUCACCUUUGUAAACCAGUCAUCUCUUGUGCCUUUGCAGGAACCGGUCUUCAUUCACUGCUCUACGUCUGUUUGCCACCCCUCUGCCAGUAAGUCCUGUGAGCCCAGCUGUGGCAGGACAAGAAGGUCAAUUUCACAUGAACUGAAGGCUUUCGAGGAGGAAGUUCUGGUUUCCAGUGGGAAGGUCAUUCUUCUCUCUGAUUUGCCAGUUUUGGAGAGCCUAACUAAGGAAGAAGUCCCACAGACAUUAGCUUAUGUAUUCUGGGCGACAGCAACUCUCACUGGGUUUGGUGUUUGUGGACUUGUGUUGGCCGUUUUAACACAACGGUCCAAACCUCGACCUCAGCCCGCUCCAGUAUGAUUUUAG